AUGUUAUCCACAAUUACUGAUUAUUUAGAAGAACUUAAAGAAGCUAUUGUUCCAGUUGUAGCAAAGGCUGAUGAUGGUGAAGAUGAAGACACCACUCAAGAUGCUGAUGAUGACGAUGAAGAUGAUGACGAUGAUGACGAUGAUGACGAUGAUGACGAUGAUGACGAUGACGACGAAGACGACGAUGAAGAAAAGGAUCCUUAUGAUUUAUUAAGGGCUGAAUGUGAACAAUCUGAAGAAGGUCAAAAGUUAAAACAUCAUUAUUUGGAAUGUGCGGAAAGAGUAGAAAAGCAAAAAGAAGAUCCAAACUACGAAGAGUUGGAAUAUAAGGAAGAUUGUAUUCAAGAAUUCUUCCAUCUACAACAUUAUUUGGACAGCUGUGCUGCUCCAAAAUUAUUUAGUAAACUAAAAUAG